GUUGGCUGAUCACGUAGGUCAAUGCAGGACAGGUAUGUGAGAGGGUGACCUCAGCGGUGCAGCUUGGAGCAGACAGGCAAUUGCGUAGGUUGAGUCCACUGUACAUUUUUUCCAGGUAAUUUGUCCCAUAUGAAGCACCGUAGCCCUCCAAGAGGCGAAAACACUUGAGGAGUGUUCCGUGCAGCCAAUCGUCAGUACCAACCCCGCAAGACUACAACAAGGCUGGGAGUGGGAGGGAGGACUUGGGAAGCAAAACAUGGCGAAAUAACAAGUUUGGCUGUUAGCUGCAGUUUGAAAUUGCACCUUAUCUGUCGGGCUGGAACUACAACUACAAGUUCAUACAAAUCUGGACGCCGGAGAACGAAAACAACGUUUAUCUUUAAAUAGUCGUGGGCCACAGUUUACAAGUAUUACGGUGGCUGGAGAGAACAUAGUCCCUGCCUGUCUGCCUGUGUUUUCCCCGGAAGGUUGGCAGUGCUAGGCGCGACUGUCAACAGAAAAUGGAUGAAGACGGAAAGUUUAUUCUGGAAAAGACAAUUUAGUCCACUAGCUUAGCCGCGUUAGCUAGCCAGUUACCGUUGGAUCGAUCACGCGCACCUGACUCGGAAUUCGGAUUACAGCGCGCUCGAGCCAAAAACUGGGGAAUAUUUAAGUCGUGUUAACAAGUUUGACAACUGAGGUCGCGAAGAAAUAUAUUUCAAACGAGGCCAUUAGUUUCAUUUUCCUCACUUACCCCACAGUAAUAUUCAGGUAGGACUUAAUUAAAGGCGAGUAAUGAGAGCCUGACGGUUGGUUCUGGUGCGGUGCGGACGGACCCGGACGCCAUCACAUCAGACGUUGCGUUCUCCUUAAAAACAACCGCUGCGUUGCUGAGCUGUAAAUUAUAUUUUAUACCACAUCAGUCUAAAAAGGAAUUUUUCCGGUGGCACACCAGACGUAUGUGGUAGUUUUUUUUUCACCGCGACACGCAUCUUUUUUUUUUAUCAACAUAAGAUUAGCUGGGAUGUUCUUCAGCAGCGGAGCCGCGGCGUCUUGUCAAAAUGAACGCAGCAAGGUGUUUAACAACAGUGGAGGUGCAUCGCAUUGAAAACCUGCCAGCUGUUAGAACAGCACCGAUGACCGGCUAACGGUGACGUUAACUGUCUGCUGAAAUAUUUUGUUUUUAAGUUGAAUGUGUUAUGCUCACGUAUUGCAGCCGGCUUUCCUGUAAAACAACUGCGGAUAACAUAGCUCUCGGCCGGAGUUGACGUGAGCUAGUCAGCUGGGUGCGUCUGUGGCAGCUCAAUCUGCGAUGUGUUUGCUAAUCUAAGUGCUACCGUGUUGUUCCGCAACAGUUUCAUCAUACUGGACUGGCCGCUUGCUAGAUUUUUACUUUCUAUAUAAGCCCGCACAGGCUCGUUUUAGCAGCCACUCAGCCCAAGUACUUCUUAUCAAAUCACGGGCUAACUUGUUAGCUAACGUACCAAGUUUCGCCAGCUAUGUCUGAAAACGCCCCCACACGAAGCCUGGAUGACAUAGACCUCGCAGCUCUCAGGGAUCCAGCAGGAAUCUUUGAGCUGGUUGAGGUCGUCGGCAAUGGGACAUAUGGACAGGUAUACAAGGGCCGUCACGUGAAGACAGGCCAGCUGGCGGCCAUCAAGGUGAUGGAUGUUACAGAGGAGGAAGAGGAGGAGAUCAAAGCAGAAAUCAACAUGCUGAAAAAAUAUAGCCACCACCGCAACAUAGCCACAUACUACGGUGCCUUUGUCAAGAAGAGUCCACCAGGACAUGAUGACCAACUUUGGCUGGUGAUGGAGUUCUGUGGGGCGGGAUCAGUGACCGACCUUGUGAAAAACACUAAGGGCAGCUCUCUAAAGGAGGACUGGAUUGCUUACAUCUGCAGAGAGAUCCUAAGGGGCCUUUCUCAUCUCCACGCCCAUAAGGUUAUCCACAGAGACAUCAAGGGCCAGAAUGUGCUACUAACAGAGAAUGCAGAGGUCAAACUUGUUGAUUUUGGGGUGAGUGCUCAGUUGGACAGAACUGUUGGGCGUAGGAACACCUUCAUCGGCACACCGUACUGGAUGGCACCUGAAGUUAUUGCCUGUGAUGAGAACCCUGACUCCACCUAUGACUACAGGAGUGAUAUCUGGUCCUUGGGGAUAACAGCCAUUGAGAUGGCUGAGGGAGCUCCUCCCUUGUGUGACAUGCAUCCGAUGAGAGCCCUCUUCCUGAUUCCCAGGAAUCCCCCUCCCAAACUUAAAUCGAAAAAAUGGUCCAAGAAAUUCAUUGACUUUAUAGAGGGCUGUCUUGUGAAGACAUAUCCCAGCCGACCAUCCACAGAGCAGCUGCUCAAGCACUCCUUCAUCAGGGAUCAGCCUACCGAGCGCCAGGUCCGAAUCCAGCUCAAAGACCAUAUUGACCGUACACGCAAGAAAAGAGGAGAGAAAGAAGAGACAGAGUAUGAGUACAGCGGUAGUGAUGAAGAGGAUGAAAAUCGCGGAGAUGACCGAGAGUCAAGUUCAAUCCUCAAUGUACCUGGUGAGUCAACCCUGAGGCGGGACUUCCAGCGUCUCCAGCAGGAGAACAAAGAGCGCUCGGAGGCUCACAAAAGGCAGCAGGCCCAACUGGCUGCUCAGCGUAGGGACCCCGAGGAACACAAGAGGCAACUGUUGCAUGACCGACAGAAACGCAUUGAAGAGCAGAAGGAACAGCGUCGUCGACUUGAAGAGCAACAGAGAAAAGAACGAGAGAUGGUGAGGCAGCAAGAAAAGGGUCCCCAUCGGAGACUCGACGAUAUGAGACGGGAGGAAGAUAGAAGGUUGGCUGAGAGGGAGCAGGAGUUUAUCAGACAUAAGUUAGAAGAAGAGCAGCGGCAGUUAGAAAUCCUCCAGCAGCAGCUGCUUCAGGAGCAAGCACUGCUUAUGGAAUAUAAGCGGAAGCAGUUGGAGGAACAACGUCAGUCAGAGCGGCUGCAGAGGCAGCUGCAGCAGGAGCAUGCCUACCUGGUGUCUCUGCAGCAACAGCAGCAAGAAAAGAAGCCCCAGCUCUACCACUAUAACAAAAACUUGGAGCCUAACAACAAACCGACAUGGGCCCGUGAGGUGGAGGAGCGAAGUAAGCUCAACAGACAGGGCUCACCCAAGAUCUGCACCACUGUCUCUGACACUGCCAUCCAGUCACGCUCUGACUCAAUCAGCCAAUCAGGAGUGGUCCAGUCUGCUCAGACCCCACCGAUGCAGAGGCCUGUUGAACCCCAAGGAGGGCAGGGCAAGUUCCAGAUGGCUCACUUGGUUCCACUGAAGCCUUACGCUGCCCCUGUCCCUCGCUCCCAGUCUCUCUGUGACCAGCCCACUAAGACCAUGUCCGCCUUCCCCACCCAGGAUCCCUCGCUUACUCCCACACCCCGCCCCAUCCACUCUAGAGAGCUGGUUCGUCAAAACUCAGACCCUACUUCUGAAACCCCUGCCCCACAGGCACACCAAAUCAGAGAGGAUCGUGGCCCCUGGAUCCGCCUGCCAGAUGUGGAACUCCCACCCAAGAUUCCUCAGAGAACAGCGUCCAUUGCCACAGCUCUCAACACCAACCUGUCCUCGGGCAUAAGGCAUCCAGUAAGAGCCAGCAAUCCAGAUCUCAGCCGCAAUGAUCGCUGGGAGAGAGGAGACAGUAUGAGCAUCAUAUCAAAUCUGCCCCAGACUGGCUCUCUUGAGAGGCAUCGCAUUAUCAGUUCCUCCAAAAUGGAUUCACCCAUUCUUUCCCAUGAUAGCCGUCAUAAGCCAGGGGAGUCUCGCACAUCCUCACGCCCUGGGCGCCCUGCUAGUUACAAGAGAGCUAUAGGGGAGGACCAUGGCCUCUUUGCCAAAGAGCGUGCUGAGGAGCAGCCAAGGCCCCCGGUGAAGGCAAAUGAUUACUCCUCCUCCUCAGAAAGCAGCGAGAGCAGUGAGGAGAGUGAGAGUGGCGAGGGAGCAGAGGAGGAAGAAAGCCCCACAGAUCGUCACAGGGAUGCAGACACUGACUCGGUCAACACCAUGGUGGUUCACGAAGAUGAAGGCGAAGGGGGAGAGGCAGAACAAGCUGGAGGCUAUGGGGAUCAGACCAUGCUGGUGCAGAGGACCCCAGAGAAGAGGAGCCAUAAUGGGUACACUAACUUGCCAGAUGUGGUUCAGCCCUCCCACUCCCCCACUGAUUCAGCCACUCACUCCUCCCCUGGGAAGGACUCUGUUUAUGAUUAUCAGUCCAGAGGUUUGGUUAAAGCAUCUGGCAAGUCCUCCUUCACCACCUUUGUGGAUCUGGGCAUGUACCAGUCACCAGGAAGUACAGGGGAUAACAUGUCCAUCACUGGCUCCAGGUUUGAACAGCUGAAGAUGGAGGUGAGGAAAGGAUCCAUGGUGAAUGUCAAUCCCACCAACACACGCCCUCCCAAUGACACACCUGAGAUCCGCAAGUACAAGAAGAGGUUCAACUCUGAGAUCCUGUGUGCUGCGCUCUGGGGUGUGAACCUGUUGGUGGGCACAGAAAACGGUUUGAAGCUGCUGGACCGCAGUGGUCAGGGCAAGGUUUACCCCCUCAUCAACUCUCGCAGGUUCCAACAGAUGGACGUCCUAGAGGGCCUCAACCUGCUCAUCACCAUAUCAGGCAAGAAAAACAAAGUGCGUGUCUACUACCUGGCUUGGCUGAGGAAUAAGAUCCUCCACAAUGACCCCGAGGUGGAGAAGAAGCAAGGCUGGACCACUGUUGGGGAGAUGGAGGGCUGUGUGCACUACAAAGUUGUGAAAUAUGAGAGGAUAAAGUUCCUGGUGAUUGCUUUGAAGAAUGCGGUGGAAGUGUAUGCUUGGGCGCCUAAGCCUUAUCACAAAUUCAUGGCCUUCAAGUCUUUUGCAGACCUGCCACACAGGCCUGUGCUUGUCGACCUGACAGUGGAGGAGGGUCAGAGGUUGAAGGUCAUUUACGGCUCUUGUGCUGGCUUCCAUGCCAUCGACGUGGACUCUGGAAACAACUAUGACAUUUAUAUCCCCGUUCAUAUCCAGAGCCAUGUGACACCACACGCAAUUGUUUUCCUGCCCAGCUCAGAUGGCAUGGAGAUGCUGCUGUGCUACGAGGACGAGGGUGUCUAUGUCAACACCUAUGGACGUAUCAUCAAGGAUGUGGUCCUGCAGUGGGGCGAGAUGCCCACAUCUGUUGCUCAUAUCUGCUCAAAUCAGAUCAUGGGAUGGGGAGAAAAGGCCAUUGAGAUCCGCUCUGUGGAGACUGGCCACCUGGACGGUGUCUUCAUGCACAAAAGAGCUCAGAGGCUGAAGUUCCUUUGUGAGAGAAAUGACAAGGUGUUCUUUGCCUCAGUUCGGUCUGGAGGCAGCAGCCAGGUGUACUUCAUGACCUUGAACAGAAACUGCAUCAUGAACUGGUGAAGGAACAGCUGCUCUGGUCAGUGUGUGGAACCCCGCACAGUUUGGAGAACGAAGUGCAUCUGAAAUUCUCACAAAACGCAUGCACACAAAUGUGAACAGCUCUUAUCUUUCUCUCCAGCUCCCCCCUUACUCACGCAAACACUCAGAGACAAACACACACACAAACACAAACACAAACAAUGUCUAAAUCCAUUCCAGCCUGCACUCCUUAAAGACAUAGUUUCUGCUGAGGCCCCUCUGAUAACAUUCUCCCCUGAAUCAUCAUGAAAAAUCACUGAUGAGCUUCACAUGUUAAUACCAUCUCUUAAUUUGUACUGUAAAUAUCCUUGUCUUGAUUUACUUUACUUGGUGGACCUGUGUUCAGUUGUGACUAUUUAGUUCCUAAUUGUGAAGUAUGUUAAAAACAUUCCGUGAUGGUUCUACAGUAGGUUUUGAAGAAGGCAUUAUUUACCAAUACUGUAUGUUGAAAUUAAGCUGUAAAUAGGUAGCACCUUACACUUAGAUCUGAAUCAUUUGCAGGCCUCUUGCAUAGCCUCCAUUCAGCGUGUUGCCACCUGACACGUGGACGUAAAAUAAGGAAAUGCUGGAACGUCCAACGGCAGUGUCUUGUAGACCUUCUUAUUGUUUUGUUUCAGUGGAGGCUUAAAGGAAGGUUUUAGUGCAGAAAAAACAUCACAAAGGGACGCUGAAGUCAGGACAAAGUAGCUUGUUUAAAUAUUUUUAGUUAUCUAGACAGUAACCUGAAGUCCUGCUUUUUGCUAACUUUUCCUGACCUGGAUGGCAAAUGAUGUUGCAACUCUUAAUCACGGCAAGUGAACGCUUCAACAGAAAAAUCUGAAAAUGAAUAGAUAAUGAAAAAAAAAAACAAAAAACAAUCAGACGUCUCAUACAUUUGCAGUACACAUAAUCAGUACUGUGAAAUCUUCUGCUUUGCCUUUUUUUCUAUGGUUCAAGUGAAAACCAUCAGGCUUGUAUCUAAACUUUGUUUUCAUAGAUUUACAGAAUACAAAAAUUUGUUAUUUAUAUGUAGUGAUUCUGUAUUGGUAUUAGCCUACUGCUAUCCUUAAUUUUACUGUAAUUAUAUUGCUAUUAUAUUGCAAUAUAUGCUAUUCUUGUGGAGUCUUUGUUUGAAGAGGGGAGUUCAUGUUUUCGGCUGUUAGUGAAGACGUAUGGGGACGUUAGGAAAACAUGAAAGUAGGAUGUCUCUGAGAUUAUAGUGAUUAAGGGGGAUCACCUUCAGGGGGCCUUUCACCCUCUUACCACAGUGAUCUACUCUACUGUAUCAUAUUUCAGUUCUUAGACUAUUUCGGUGUGGAUAUUUCUGUGAGGUGUGUUUGUCCAGGGGAUUACAGUAGAACAGCUCUUAGUGUGGAACAGUUCAUAUUUGUCUCGGGCCAGUGGAAAGAUUUUAAUGUACAGUCAGUACGGUUGACUCUGCAAUACCACAGAGGGCUCCAUCUCAUCAGGCACUUUGGAGAACACGGCUGGAAACACGAGACUUAAUAUAUUUUGUAUCUAUACAUUCUGCCAAAGUUCACAGCAUUAAUCUGCAGCGGGGAGUAUUAGUGUAGGCCAAAGGGGACAGUAGAGAUUUGAGAACUCUUCCUACAGAUCGCCAACCAAUGAUCCUUUCAGUGUAUACAUCCAAAAUUCAGCUGACUGCUUUAUUUUUUUAAAUAGCUUCUUUGGAUUUCCUAUAGAUCACCAUUCUUUGUUCUGAGUUGUUUGAGUAGUUUGUGGGUUUUUUAAGGGGAAUUUUGGUGUGUCCUCAUACACUAGGCAGUGCGGUAGAGGUAUGAGGCAGUGUUAUCAGGAAGGAGCUUCUGUCAGCAGUGGGUAGGUCAACACAUGAUUCACUUGGCUACAACAACAUGCUGCCACAGCACUUUAAUAUUAACAGUCAUGAUGUUUUUUCUUCACUCAUAUCGGUGUUAAGUUAGUUCAUCUGCUUAUAAAUAAAUGCUGACAUGUUGAUGUUGAGAGAAUGCCUGAGUGGUAUUCCAGUGAAACUGCGAGUAUGACAGGCUUUUGUAUUUCUGAAAGGAAUCUUGGUUGGUGAUCAGUGGUGUAGUCUGCUUAAAGACACUUUUUGAGCUGAGGAGGUAUAUUUUAUACAGUUCAAAGGAAAGCUAUUAAGAAUGCCGUAUAUAUAGUCAGAGCAGAGAGCAAUUAAUCAAAGAUUAUAUAAUGAGAUGGCUAAUUUUAUGGUGAGAUUAUUUAAAAAAAGCUGUAAAUGGGCAUGGAGAACACUUUCACGUCAGUAAACAUACAUUUACAGAUAGAUCUCGAGCAGAUCCUUUUGGUGUGCAUGUAAGCCAUUGAAAUAGAGUAUAUAGUACUGUAUCAAAGUUGUUUCUCCCCUUUAGCGAAUGUGUUUUUAUGCUUAGAUAUCUGUUAUGUGCCAUGACGUCACAGUUACAAUCCACCGGGAGCUCUGGCACUCAUGCUUUUUAUGGUCAAAUCAUCAUUUUUUAUCAAUCUGCCAUGUUUACAGUUUAAGCAGUGCCUUGGAGUUGGGAAAGUGAAAGUUCUGAGGAUGAGUUAUUAGCCCCCCCCGCCCCCCACACGUACACACAUACAUACAUACAUACACACGCGCACACACACACGUCUCUUACUUGAAAUCUCACGUAGAAGAGGCACGACCAUAUUUUGCUCCCUCAUUCUGAUCAUAUGAUUUAUGUCCUGUGCCAGUUAAGUGCACUUAAGUCAAAUCCAGAAUAUCCCUGUUGUUGGACUUGAAAUGCUUUUUUGGCACCACAUAAAUAACCACAAAUGAUCAACGGACGAUAAUCUCAUUUAGAAAGUUGCAAUAACAAAGAAGUUAACAUGUGUCCGACUAAUCCAGAGUGAUGUGUAAAAGGAUCUACUGACAGUGGGAGCCAGCAUAGAGAAAAGCCAUACGUAUAAAACGUGUUUGUAGAGAAAACUUAGUACAGAUCAAAUCUUGUGUGUGACGUCUGCUCAGAAAAAUGUAGGUUCUUGCAGCAAAGAUGAGGUAAGCGCUUCUUCUUAAACGAUGUUGAUUGUGUGAUCUUAGUAGUGAGGAAAUUAGCUUAACAUAUUCUGAGAAGCCUAUUUUAUAAAAUAUGUAAAUUAGUCUAUAUUGAGAAAUAAAAAGUGAAUGUACAUCUAUAAGACAGAUUUGUAUUUAUAUAAAAAUGUGUACCGCUCUAUUAAUCAAAGCACAAUGUAUUUCAUGGCAGAGAGAUCAGAGUAAUAAGUGAGUGUAACAGAGGUGGAGUUUGUUUUUCUUCAUUCACGCAGUAUGUAAUCAGUCCAAGUCGUAGGUUGUGGUGAAUCGAGUUGUACGCUGAGACAGCGGCCUGUAUGUGGACGGUGCAAACAUUGCUGCAAUGUUACAGUAAAGUAGACCAGACUGUCCUCUCGUAAGAAGAGUUGACUGCGGCUGUGAUUCAGACACACGCGGUGACUCACAGAUUGGUGUUUGAACUCGCCUCGGGUGUAAAUUGCUUGUGUGGGGUUUGACAGGCUGCUAAUAUGCUCAGGUGAUGGCAGGUGAUGCAGUGGUGAUGUGAGGUCAUUGGCUCUUGGCUUUUUGGUAUCAAAAAUGGAGCCCGACCGAUGGAUCAGUUGGUCGAUAUAAUGGGCCAAUAUUGGUCUGUCUCAGAUAUAUCGGUGUCGGCCUACAUGUUGUGUGAUUUGCGCUGAUAGGAAAACUUUAUAUUUUAAUUAAAAUGCAGAAAAAGAUGCCUGGGGUGAUUUAGAACCAUAAACUAACAAUGAAAGUUAAUUAUCUCAGUGUAUUUACUCGUUUAAUAACCACAUUUUAAGGGAUGAUUGAAAAGAAUGCGUGCAUAUCAGCUCAAAUAUUAAUGUCGGUAUUAACGUCGGCCCCCAGACAUCAAGUCUGUGUCGAGCUAUAAUCAAAAACGACAUUAUUAAAGUGAAAAGUGCAUUGAUCGAUUGGUGUUAAUUCCAGAUUAUGAAGACAAUUAGUCGGUUAUCGUUUCUUUAGAAGUUUAAGUUUGAUGCACUUGUGUCACCAGGCAUUAAAGUCUGUAAAGGGGAACUCCACCGAUUUAGAACUGUUCUUGUACAACGUGAUCGGAUUCUCGAGUAGUUUGAAAUCAAAAACUGGUCUCUGCAUUACCCACAAUGCAACUUGACUGCUUACUCCAGAGGUUUGGCUGUGUUUUGUGCGUAGCAGCUGUUGUAGCCCCAGUCUUCUAACAGAUGAGACCAGUGGUCUUACAGAGUCAGCAACUCCAGAUGUUUUUCCAAACUUGUAGCCAUCAGCUCCUUAUGACACUGCCUUAAGUGACAUCACAUGAGGCAGACUUCAAGCAGCUCUGUCUGGAGCCACAAAAGACUUUGUGUACAGUAGUACUACUCCUUUUAAUGUGUAAAGAUCAGUGGAGUUCUCCUUUUAACACGAAUACCUGCAUAAUAAGUUGCAAAAUACCAAAUUUACUUGGAAUACUUCAGUGUAUUUCUACCUCAGCUGUACUGCACAGGCUUAGUGCGGCACAUCAGACUGCUACAUUUGCAGUUAAAGAAGAUGCAAUGUCUGAAAUACACAGGAGAUAUUCAGAUGUCCGUUAAAAACAAUGAUAUAAUAAACAGCAGGACAUUGGAAUUAUUUAAUCGUCUUUAUUGGCUCGACUGGAUUUGUGAAAACAGUCGAAUGGCAUCAAAAGCAGAUUAUUUGAUUUAGUUAAAACAGACAUGUUUAUUUUAAAGAACACUCAUUUUACUAAUGUAAUAGAAAAAAAGCCUUGUGAUAAGUCUCUGCCUCUAGUGUCUGGGUGAGGUCAACCUCGGUCACUCCCAAAUAUUAAGCUUGUCGUCUAAUGUUAUGCAGCAGAUUCUCCAAUAAUGGGUUCUUUGUAUCACAGUAGAGCAGUUAUGGGUGGUUAUUUCUCUAGAAGCACCUUAAGGUGCAAAAGUGCUAUUUCUUUCUUCUUCUUUUUUUUUUUUGCCAAGAGCCAUUAAAAGACCUGAACCUCACAACUCAUGAGGGAAACUUUGUGUCACAAACACAUUCGAUAGCUGAAUUUAUGUAACUCGAGUAACACAAAGUUUAUCAGACACAGAGGAGGCACCACUGAGUCGCAGGUGGAUUGCUGAAGGUGUAGUGCAUCGCCCUGAGAGACAGCUGUCCUGUAACACGAUGAUGUUUAGUUUUUUUUUUUUUUUUUUUUAAGAAGCAAUACAAGCAUUUGAACAAAUCUUCUCAGUGGGACUUGCAGGAGGCGAUUCUUCAGUGGCCUUCUGUGGCAGACUGAAUGUCGACAGGUUUUCGUUUCGCUCGCUACAGAAAUCGUUCUGUACUGCUUCGGUUUAGAAUCACAAGAAAUAACUGCUUCUCUCUGUCGGUUUAACACGAUCACCUGUGGGGAAGCAACUUCUUGUUUGGCUGUAGUGAAAUCCCGGAAUCUGCCUUUCUGAACUAUCGAAAUACAGAUAAUAGAUACUCUGACGAGGCACUCCUCUCUCAUAGCUUGCAUUUCUAAUCACUGAUGUAUGAAUGGAUUAGCAGCUGUAGCUGGGAGUGAGGCAGAUCAAACUUGGGGAGCUCUAAAGCGACGGAAUCUUUGGAAAGAACUACAAUAUCUAUUAUUCUUUUUUCAAUAAUUAUUUUUUUUUUGGUUUGUUUUUUUAAAGACGGUGAACAUCUUUGCAAUGUUUUAGUGUGUGUGCGCGCGUCUGUGUUACUUGUGAGAGAUUAACUCCAGAUUGUAUUUCAUAGACUGAUAAACUUUAAACUUUCAAAAGAUUGUGUUGGAUGAAUUCAUGUCUUAAUACAGAAUUGUUUGAAAAAUAAAAUACGUUGAUCUCA